CCGACCAACCUGGCCAUCGCUUCAGCCCACCAAACAGCACCUGCGCGAGGGCUUUGCGCCCUGCCUCGCACCGCGCCGAACACUCCCACAUUGGGCGAAGCGCCUGCUAUGGCCGCCGACUGCCAAAUCUGUCAAGGGAAACAGCAUGCCGGCGGAGGCUGAAGACUCGUUUUCGUCUUGUCUCGUACCAGGACUACUCCACUAGGGUUCACUUGUCGAAGAACUUAAGUCCUGCUACUCCCUCCGGACUCUUCAAUCUUCCCUCUGCAAGCGUGAUAGCUUACAGUUGACUGCAACAAUGGCAGAGGCAAUACAGUCUCGUGAUAUAUCUCAAGGCUGGAGCUUCAAGCAGACAAGCAAAGACGACUGGUACCCGGUUGCCAAAGUCCCGACGAACAUCCAUCUCGACCUUCUGGACAACAAGCUAAUCGAGGAUCCAUUUCUUGGAUUUAACGAAUUGAAGUGUCAAUGGGUCAACGAGGAAUCAUGGACGUACAAAGUCCAGCUACCAGCCGUUCCGCAAGCUCAACCGGGUGCUCGUCAUGUAUUGGCAUUCGAUGGCUUGGAUACUUAUGCCACUGUCAAGCUCAAUGAUCACGUUAUACUGGAAAGCAGCAAUAUGUGGAUCAUGCAUCGUGUCGAUGUUACAGAAAAGUUGCCCAAGGACCAGGAGAGUCUUCUUGAGAUUGAAUUCAAGUCGGCGUAUGUGGAGUCUAGGAAGAUUAAAGACGCACAUCCUGAGCACAAAUGGGUCGGUUUCAAUGGCGAUAUGGCUCGUUUGGCCGUGAGGAAAGCGCAGUAUCAUUAUGGCUGGGACUGGGGUCCAGUACUGUCGCCCUGUGGACCAUGGCGGGCUGUUCGCCUCGAGACCUACCAUGCUCGGGUUGAAGAUCUCAGAGUAGACUACGAUCUCGACCUUUCAGACCGAAAAGUAAGCGGGCAGCUCACCGCCUUCAUUGAUGGCGCCUCUGGGCAACACGUGGACUUCAGCAUCGCUAUUGGGGACAAGACGGUCUUCCAGGAUACUGCAGCGAUUGACUCCAAGCGCCAAGCGCAGCUGAGCUUCACCGUGCAAGACACUGAAUUGUGGUGGCCGCACGGGUAUGGCGCACAGCCACUUUACACUGUCUCUGCGACGAUCAGGCAGGACAACAUUGCCGUUCACACUCUGAGCAAGCGGACCGGAUUCCGGCGUGCUGAGCUUAUCCAAGAACCGGAUGAGGUUGGCAAGACGUUCUUCUUCCGCAUCAAUGGAGUAGAUGUCUUUUGCGGCGGCUCCGACUGGAUACCAGCUGACAAUUUCACUCCUCGAAUAACAAGAGAGAAAUAUCGCAAAUGGCUGCAGAUGAUGGUCGACGGAUACCAGACAAUGAUCCGCAUCUGGGGAGGUGGUAUAUGGGAGGAAGAUGCAUUCUACGAACUGGCAGAUGAGCUCGGUGUUCUCAUUUGGCACGAUUUUAUGUUCGGUUGUGGCAACUACCCGGCCUUCCCUGAGAUUCUGGAGUCCAUCGAAGCCGAAUGCGUUUGCCAGACAAAACGACUGCGACAUCAUCCAUCGAUCGUGAUUUAUGCCGGUAAUAACGAAGAUUAUCAGGUACAAGAGCAGAUGGGAUUGACCUACAACUAUGAGGACAAAGACCCGCAGAGCUGGUUGAAGACCGAUUUCCCUGCACGCUACAUAUACGAGAAGCUGCUGCCUGACGUGGUAGCGGCCAACGCGCCUCAUGUGCCUUACCAUCCCGGAUCGCCAUGGGGUGACGGUAAGCCCACCACAGACCGCACCGUCGGAGAUAUGCACCAGUGGAACGUAUGGCACGGCACGCAAGAGAAGUACCAGAUCUUCGACACUCUCGGUGGUCGCUUCAAUAGCGAAUUCGGCAUGGAAGCUUUCCCACACAUCGAUACCAUCAAGUGGUACGUGACGGAUCCGACACAGCUCUACCCUCAAAGCCAGAUGCUUGACCACCACAACAAAGCCGAUGGCCAUGAGAGGCGAAUCGCCACCUACCUCGUAGAGAACUUCCGAACGGAAACAGAUCUGGAAAAGUAUAUUCAUCUGACGCAGCUGAGUCAGGCAGAGGCGCUCAUGUUCGGAUACCGCGGCUGGAGGCAGCAGUGGGGCCAGAAGCGAUUCUGCGGCGGGGCUCUGCUGUGGCAGCUGAACGACUGCUGGCCAGUCACAUCGUGGUCGAUCGUCGACUAUUUUCUAAGAAAGAAGCCCGCUUACUACGCGGUGAGGAGAGUAUUGGCGCCAAUCGCAGUGGCUGUCAAGCGAGCGCAUCAUGAUUGGAGUGUUGUGCAUGCCCGACCAGCCAAGGCCUUGGACUACGAAUGCUGGGUAUCCAGCUCACGGACUGAGGAGGUCAAGGCAACAGUCGAAUUGCGCUUCAUCAGCAUUGCUACCGGCAAGGAGAUCAAAGAGGCCGUUGUGCGCGACGUGACUAUCGUGGCAAACAGCACAACGGAUGUUGCCAAGGGCACAAUUCACAACGACCAGGAAGAGCCACAUGUUCUUGCUGCUCGGAUCUCCGUGGAUGGCACAGUCGUCAGCCGAGAUGUUGAUUGGCCACAGCCUCUCAAGUAUCUUGACUUUUCCGACAGGGGCGUCGAAGUCAAGUCAUCGGGAGACAAGAUCACGAUCAGGGCUGCAAGACCUACGAAAGGCCUAGUCUUCGAGGAGAGGGAAGGCGUAUUGGUGAACGACAGCGCUAUCGAUGUUGUUCCGGGGGAUGACCAAGUCGUGAGUGUCACGGGCUUGAGAGCGAACGACGCUCCGUUAAAAUGGACAUAUCUUGGUGCGGCGUAAGAUUAUAGAUCCCAGAUGCAUGCACACCCAGUGGUCCCGUUAUUCAUCAGCAGAAAGCGUGGCACGACAGGGAUGUAUAGAUGGUUGCCGCAGCUUCGGGAACCCGUUCGAUGUAGC